UCCAACAAAAUUAAACGCACCAAUCUUGAAUCUUCACCCUCUCCUCUAUUUCUCGUCACCUUCCUUAUAUUCUCAACGCACAUUUCAAUUCCCUUCUCUUAAAUCCUAACCCUAACCCUAAUUGUAAUUCAAUUGAUUUUGUUGCCAUCGUGUUAUUAAAUUUCAGAUGGCAUCGCUUCAUUGCCAACAGAAUUUCAAUUUCUUCGCCGGAAAUCAUUCUCCGUCCGAUAACGCUGUUAAUCCUCCUUCUUCAGUUCCGAUGAUCUCACGCGAAUUUGAUGUUUCAAAAUGGAAUCAAUGGAGGGUUUCCUCUUCUUCUGCAACCACAACAUCGUCGAUCAAACCGCGAAUCGGUAUCCAAAAGCGGAGCAAGAAGUUCACCGGCGGCGACAAUAACCGACAAAACGACGGUAAUAACGGUAUUGUUUAUGAAAAACUGGAUCAAUGGAUGGAGAAUUCGGUGGUGGAGAUUGUCAAGAAUUUAAAAGAAGCGCCUUUGUUAGUUCAGGUGUACGAUAAAACAGGCGAUUCCGAUACGGAUACGACGACGUUGAAGACGGAGAAGUCGGUGGAGGAGGAAAACUGGGGAGCGGCGGUGGAAGGAUGGGCGAAAAAGGAGGCGCCGUUGCCGGAAGGGGUUAUAUUUGUGGAGCAAUUGGAUAAAGAAGAGAGCGAGGAGGAGAUAACGAGGGCGUGGGGUGUGGUGGUGCAAGGGAAAGGGGCGGAAUGUGGGCCAGUUUGUUAUUUGUUGAAGACGAGUCGAGUUGGGUCGGGUGCGGGUUUGUGUUGUACGCAUUAUUGUUUGAUGAGAGUUGAGAGUUUUAGAGAGUCUGCUUCGUCUCAGCUUAAAAAUUGCUGGUUGAUCCAAGGGUAGUCUAUACUGUUGUUGAUAAUUACUGGACAUAGACCAUUUGUUAUUGAUUUAUGAUGUAAAUGCAUUGGUGAUUAGGAGAAAGUUUAAUGUAAUUAGGCAAUUCUAUCAAUUGUUACUUUUAAUUCAAAUCAAAUUUUAUGUGCAGACA